AUGCUUGACAACCGCCGAAUCGAAAACUUCGAAGAAAUCAGACAAGCCUGGUUCAGCAGCGAGGGACUCCUCAAAUACAAAGACUCCCAGAGCCCCGGCCAUCGCCAGUUCAAGUACAACACCAGAGCCGGCUGGACCAUCAAAGAAGGAACCGAAAACUGGAGAUUGGACCCAGUUGCAGCACUCACCGCCGAGGAACGACGAAUCGUCCAUUACCUGGUGGAGUUCCUCAACUACCAGGGAAUCAAGCGAAGAUUCAAGGAAGCACUGGACCACGGACUCCUCGACCCCGCCAAGAUGGACGCGAUCCUCGUCUUCGCCUACAAAGUCUGCGGUGGUAACCUGGUCCACUACAUCCGUUUCGUCUUCGUCCGCCUCUACAGACUCAACGACAUCCCCAUCCCUCCAGUCCACCAAGACGCCACACCAAAGCCACGACGCUUCCACUAG